GGAUCCACCACCAACCAAUCGCUGCCGCAAUCGUCUAUGGUCUCUACCAGAAGAAUGGCACGAAACGAUGAGAGUUGGACUCAAGAGAUGGAGGAGCUGAAGCAAGAUCGCGAGAGAAUGAGAUUGCGAUUGGAGCUUAACGAAGCUCGAAUGCAGAAAACCGAAGAGCUGUUGUCGACGAUAGCCAACAAAUUGGGGAUAAACGGAAAUGGACACUCGCGGGAGGAUGGAAGCGAAAGCGAGAAUGAAGGAGAGAGUCAUCAGCGGAGUCUGAAUCCAAAUUGUUGGAGAAGAUUGGAAAUCCCUAAUUUUUUGGGGGACGACGCGUACGGGUGGAUCCAAAAAUUGGAGCGGUACUUUGCAAUUAGAGGCGUGACAGCAGAGGAGAAGAUGCAAGCCACGAUAAUUUCCUUGGAGGGCAAAGCUCUUAGUUGGUAUCAAUGGUGGGAAGGUUGCAACCCUAAUCCAACUUGGGAGAGUUUCAAGAUUGCUGUGGUAAGGCGCUUCCAACCCUCUAUGAUUCAAAAUCCCUUCGAAUUGUUACUUUCUUUGAAACAAAACAAUAGUGUUGAGGAAUAUGUUGAACUGUUUGAAAAAUAUGCUGGGGCUUUGAGGGAAGUCAAUCAAGAUUUUGUUAGAGGAAUUUUCCUUAAUGGAUUAAAAGAAGAGAUCAAAGCUGAAGUUAAAUUGUAUGAUUUGGCUACUCUGUCAGAAUUAAUUCAAAAAGCUAUAUCAGUGGAACAGAAGAAUCUGGUGUUAUUAAAGAAGAAUAGUGGAACAUAAUCUAGAUCCUAUAGCUCAUAUAAAC